CAACCCGGGCCAUACCAAGAUUGUGUGUCAAUAUCCGCCCUUGACCUUUGCGAGACGAGUGCGAACACCUCCUUGGUCACGAACAGCGGCAAUGCGAGGAUCGCGAGGUCGAGAGCAGCGCCAGGUGAUUGGGAUCUUGUGAACACCUCGCAGUUGUACAGACCUUGAUCGUUUAUCAAGUCAUGCGCGUCUUUGGUCCCAGCUUGAACGACCAGGCCCAGGCACAAGAGCACAACUACCUCACAAGACAAGGGCUGCACACCCGUGGAAGUGAUUCCUUGCUCGCGAACUGCUACGAGACGUGGGUCUGCAACGAAUCGCUCCGGCGCACGAUCACGAUGUCGUUAUUCGUGAGCUGUGUCUGGAGCCUGAAUACAAGAGGCGGUCUUGCUGAUCAGGUACCUGUUCUUGCACAGAUUCCAUUCACGAAAGAUCUACAAGCGUGGAAGAGUGCUCCCGAUGAGUAGAACAAUAUUGCUCUUCCCGAACUGCUCGACGAUGAUGGUCUUACUGCAUACAUGUACUUCACCGAAAGGUGGAGCAAUGAAAAGGAAGUGGAAACACUUGACCCCUUUGGCAAGCUGCUCCUCGCUGCUUGUCGCGGUGCUGAUGCUCAUUUUCUAAGUUAAGCAUAUGGACCCCAAAGUCUGCACGAAGAGGUGAAAUUUUUACACUUACGACGCAGAUCUUGCGAAUCGAGAAGCUAACACAGCAUUCUUCCCGCGAGGUUUGCAAUGGUGUCGAAAUCCAGCCGCUAGCGUACCAAACGGCAGCUUCCCCGCAAAGUCACCUCCCCGCAAGUUCUGAUA